UCCCCUGCAAAUAUAUACAAACCUAAUCUCUUGGCAGGUUUGUAAACAAGCAUGAACUCUGGGUAGACUGGUACAUUAAAGUCGGCAGAUUAUAAGGAGAACCAAUGGCAAGCAACGGAAGAUUGUCAGAUGGUCAGAAGAACCAACUAGAACAAUGGAUUGGACAAGGCCACAAGGACUUUGUAUUGCUGUUCAGCUUUUCCAUAGACGGUGGACAAGCAAGUGCUUUCCACAACAAGUGCAACAACCAAGGUCCUACAGUCACUGUGGUACACAAUGAGCACAAGUCCGUGUAUGGGGGAUACGCUAGCCAGUCGUGGACAUCAUGCGACCGCGAUGUAACCGACCAGUAUGCAUUUCUAUAUCAGCUGCAGUUUUCUGGAACUAUUAAGUGUAAUAAAUUCCCCGUUGUCAAUCAUUCCCGGGCGUUAUUAGACUUGAAAUGUUAUGGACCGAUUUUCGGGAGCAGUGGUCAUGAUUUGUAUACAUUCAACAAUGCCACGAAGAGCGGAGACUUUUACAAUUUGGAUGGCCACAUGAAUGCAUUUGGAAACAACUACAACGUUAAUGGUACAAAAGCAACACAUGUAAACAAUGACACAAAGUGUGUGGAAGAAUUGGAGGUUUAUAAAGUUGUUGAUUGUAGUGGGAACUGUGCUCGUCAUGCUGUACCGAAACCUAUGGAAGAAAAACCAUGGCGAAAAACAAACCAAUGGAGUAAAAAGAAACUGCUAGAGAAUAUAUCAUCCCACAAACCAAUAUCGGGGCUCGGUGUAGUAGACUUCCGGUACGCAAUAUUCGGGUCGGUAGGUGGAGGGAAGUCCAGCUGCAUAAACACCCUGCUGUCCGCGUUUGCUGGGAGAAUUUCCCAGAGAGCUUCUACGGGAAGUGGCGGAGCAGGCAUUACAACCUCGUUUACGCCAUAUCCACUGAAGUCCAGUUCUGGGUCAUCGGCAAACAUUCGCCUGUAUGAUACUCCUGGAUUUACAGAAACUUCUGGCUUAGAUUUGAUAGACUUCAACUAUAUGCUAGAAGGACACAUUUCUGACCACUACAUGUUCCACUCAUCUGCUCACAUUACCUGGAAGUCAGAGAAGUUUGUUCAGAAACCGUCAAUGAGCCAUCGUAUUUAUUGUGGGGCCAUUGUCAUUGAUGGUGCGACUGUUGCGACUUUGACAAAGGAAAACACAGCAAAACUGAAGGCACUUAAAGGUCUCAUGGAUGAGAAAGGUAUCCCAUGUGUCAUUCUACUGACUAAAAUCGACAAGGUAGCCCCUGAACUUGAAGACAACUGGAAAAUGACCUUUCAAAACGCAAAGGUCAAGGAAUGCGUUGAAAAAGCAGUAAAUGCUUUCGGUAUAAGUAGAAACAACGUGCACCCAGUGAAGAAUUAUGAGAUAGAAGUAGAGGUCGACGAAGAUUUGAAUGUGCUGUCACUGUUGGCGUUGCGGCAAAUUAUACACCUCUCGAUGGAUCACAUGGAAAAUGUGAAGUUGCGAGAAGACGGAAAUGCUGUUUCUGAGAGCGCGGAAGAUGUUGGGUCAGAUACCGCUUAAAGGAUGAGUUUUAAUGGUGCUCCAUGAGUUCUAUUGAAGAACAUGUUGAGCUUUUAAUAAAUGAUUAUUUCGAUUAGGUUGAACUUCAUUGCUUAAAAUAUUCUUUGUUUUUAAAUUAAUAUUAAAAAUACCAGAUUCCCCGUGUAGUCUAUUUUCUGUUAAUCAGUAUAGCAAAUACUUGUAACUUGUAGGUAUUAAAUUAGAACUGAUACAUGUAUGUGUGAUAAUGAGCGCUUUGGAAAAGUGGGAACAAAUCAUUUUAAUAUAUACCAAGUGUACUGUUUUCAUUGUUUUAUUGUGAUGUUGUGUGUCGCUCGUUUUGAAUGUACUAGGCCUGAAACAUGCGCCUCUAAGCAGGGUUUUCAUUUUAUUAAGUAGUUGACCAUUUGGUUUGUCUUUGUAGUUAUCACAGUAAAAUUAACUGCAUUAUCUUAUUUCAAAAGUUUUAUUAUCACUAUAACAUGUUGAACUUUCAAGUAUAUCGACAUUGUUUUGCAAACCUAAAGAUUGCUCUUAAAUGUUAAACUGUCAAGAACUAUGGUCCAUUGUUGUACUUAAGGAAAUUUAAAUAUUGCUGUUACAUGUUAAACUUUCAAAAUCUAUGAUUUAUUGUUGUGAUUUAGGAAACCUCAAUAAUGCUCUUGCAUAUUCAACGUUUAAGAAGUAUGCUCCAUUGUUGUAUUUAAUGAAACCUCAAUACUGCUCUAACAUGUUAAACAUUUAAGAACAAUGAUCCACUGUUGAAAUUAAGGAAACACCAAUAAUGCUCUUGCAUAUUUAACGUUUAAAAAUACUUCUAUACUUAGUAUAAUCCAUUGUUAUAUUUCAGGAAACUUUAAUAUUGCUCUUACAUUUCAAACAUUCACUUUCUGUGAUCCAUUGUUGUAUUUAAUGAAACCUCAAUAUUUCCUUUACAUGCGAAACUUUCAAGAACUAUGAUCCAGUGUUGUAUAUAAGUGUGAUUCAAUAUUGCUCUUACAUGUUAACCUUUAAAGAACUAUGAUCCAUUGUUGUAUUUGAGGAAAAUUCAAUUUUGCUCUUACAUGUUAAACCUUCAAGAACUAUGAUCCAUUGUUGUGAUUAAGGAAACUUCAUAAUUGCGAUUACAUGAACCAAUGGAAAUUACAGGGACAAGCAAAUGCUUGAGGUUUCAAAACGAAUAUGCCACUUUAUUGUUAUUAAGGAAGCUGCAUUUUUGGCAUGGUACCCUAGAGCUGUAUUUAAUUUCACUUUAACGUCAAUAUGCGCGAAGGACCGUAGUAGGAUGUAGGUAUUUGACUUCAGUAUGUUUAUUUUUAAGUUGGCUUGUGAGUUAAAAUUAUAUCUAAGAUGUGUUUUUGUAAUUGUUUCUUUGGAAUUAUUCAGCUGACACUUCGUUUAUUACAAUGUGUCCAUCCAAAUAACUAGUUACAACAUCAUAACUACAAAGAAAGUUAAACAAAAGAAAUACAUUCACAUGUGUACAGUCAUACAGAAAGUGCAAUUAUCAUAUUGGUACUUGAUUCUUUAUAUCAUUGCGCAUUCUGUUUAUUUCCAUAAAAAAAGUACUGUUAAUGACAGAAUAAAAGGGAUGUCGUUUUCAAAACAUAGAAAUUAAGAAAACGUGUCGAUGUAAGAGUUACAACUAAAUAAACCCCAAAUACAAUGCUUAUGAAUUGAAGAAUUUACGAAAUGAAGUCGACGUUGACGAUAAUUGGAAUGUGUUGUCGCUGUUGAGAUUGUGAAUUUGAGAUGGAAAUGAUGUGUCUAAAAGCAAGGAAGUGGUUCGGUCAGAUACCGCUGGAUCAGACAUGUGUUUAAUUCAUUCAAGGUAUCAAGAUGUUAACAAAGAGAAUAUUGUUAUAAUCCUUUAAUAUUUGUGUUUUGUUAUGGUUAACUCAGUUCCUUUA